AUGCUCGCCACUAGAGUGAGUUCUGGCAACGGAGAGUUGCUGCGAUGCCGUUCUGGGUACUUCGAUCCACUUUCUUCGAAUGGACUCUCUACAGAAAACCAAUCACGCCAUGCACUUAUAGCCGGGUCAGCUCACUGCCGCUCCUCACCAACCAGAUCAGACACGACAUUCAGAAUGUCGAAAUAUCAUCCGUUCGCCACUCUCCACAUGGACAACGAAGGCCCAGCAUUCGAUGCUCUUCAGCAGGCUCCGGAUCAUUUUCGCCAGGAUGGAGGUGCUGCGGUGUACUAUAGGUCACUCUUCAGAUCGACGCCACCAACGCUCAUCGAGUCGAGGAGGACAUGGCAGAUUUGA